AUGCCAGUCCUCACCCGAUUUUUGGUUGCCUUUAACGGCACCCGCCCCCACCAAGGCAACGGCACCGUCCUACCUCCAGGCGCCUACGUGCAGCCGAUCGAAGACGAGGUACUGUGGUGGAAAUAUACUGUUGGAGCAGUAGGAUUAUUGGCGGGAAUUGGGGCCUGUAUCACCGGCGUUUACCUGUGUGUCGUGAAAUGGCAGGAGCGUGCUGCUAGACAAGCUUCUGGCGCUGCACCCGGUGCGGCCCUUCCGUCCGAUGCUCCAGGUCCGGUCGAGGAUUACUACGAGCUAGGUGCUUUCAACGACCCGCCACCGCCUUAUCAAGCGUCAGGCGCUGGUAUCGAACCGCAACAAGGGCGUCCUGAACGGGACGAAGGUGACAUGGACAAUGUGGGGAGACGGAUUCCCCACAUCGCUAGACAAUUGGGCGAUUCGGCAGAUGCUCCGACACCGCCAGCCAUGACUGUCAGCCGUGAACAUGCUUAA